UCCUAAAAAAAAGGCUACAGCGCUCUCCGUUGCCCCUCUUCUCUUCUUCCCCGCACCCUUACGGCCUCACGGCGUCGCCCAAACUCCAGGGCUUGCAGGUGAAUCAAGGGAGGAGAUGGCGAGGGAGGACAGGUUCCCAGUGUGGGAGGCGGCGCUGCUCGCCGGUGUGGCCGCCACUUUUGCUGCUGGGCUGGUCGGCGUCUACGUCUCCAUGCCCCACUCCGAUUACAGCUUCCUCAAGCUGCCCCGCGACCUCCAGGAGCUCCAAGUCCUCACUGACCAUCUGGAGGUCUACACCUGCGACUACACCGUGCAGGUGCUGGUGGGCUAUUGCUUCGUGUACAUCUUCAUGCAGACAUUCAUGAUCCCCGGGACCAUAUUCAUGUCCCUGCUUGCCGGGGCCCUCUUUGGGCAGCUUGGUGGCCUGGUCCUGGUGGUCUUUGCUGCCACUGCCGGUGCUUCUUCCUGCUACUUCCUAUCCAAGCUGGUUGGGAAACCACUGGUCUUCUCGUUGUGGCCGGACAAGGUCAGGUUCUUCCAAAAGCAGGUUGCAAACAGAAGAGAGAAACUGCUGAAUUACAUGCUUUUCCUGAGAGUCACUCCAGCAUUGCCCAAUACUUUCAUCAAUUUGGCUUCACCUAUAGUGGAUGUGCCCUACCAUAUCUUCCUCUUGGCGACAGCCAUUGGUCUCAUCCCAGCAGCCUAUGUGACUGUCAGGGCUGGAAUUGCUUUGAGUGACCUAAGAUCGUUGAAUGACCUAUAUGAUCCACAGUUGAUAGCACUGCUGUUCUUAAUCGGGGUUGUUUCAGUGAUGCCAACAUUGCUGAGUAAGAAUGAGACGCAAGACAAAGCAUCAGACAUGGCAGCUAGCACUAACUGAUCACUUACAUGUCACCCCAACUCUCCUCUCCUGUACAUAUUAAGAUUCAGCAUUUGGUGGCUCCAAGACUUUGAAUGAAUUGGAACUUGUCGCCGGCCACAAACAUGGCGAGGGUCCCAGUCUGUGGGAAAAUUGUGCUGAUGUGAACGGGACAUCUAAUGGUCAUACAUUAUGAUUAUGAGAGGCGAAUUGGGCGUCAGAACAAACUGCUUUCGCUUGAUCUGUUUAACAUGGUUUAGAUGAAAGGAAAAUCUGACUGUAUCUUGCACACUUUUAUCAGAUUCAAUACAACUGAUUUAGUGAUUCAUG